UUGACCAUGACGAUAAACUCUGAUGGUAGUCCGGUUUUCAACUCGUCGAAGUUCUCAAUAUGGCCCGUUCAGACGCUAAUUAAUUAGUUACCUCCAGGAUUGCGGUCCAAAAAUGUUACUGUUGCCAUGCUGUGGUACGGCCAGUGCCAUCCAGACAUGACAUUGGUGCUGGAGGCAUUUUCCAAGCAAAUGGACUCGCUUGCCGAGAGUGGAAUCAAAUGGACGUGUGAUGGAGAGACCUUUCACUCAAAAGUCUACUGUUUCACUGGUACGGCUGAUGCCCCAGCCAGAGCUCUGAUGCAGAAUACUGUCCAGUAUAAUGGAUACUUUGGGUGUGGCUGGUGUUUGCACCCUGGCAAGUGCAUUGAAGGAACGGUCAAGUAUCCUGUCAGCGCCACAGCUCUGCCCGACAGGACUAAAGAAGGAAUGAUUAAAGACAUGGCUGAAGCGCACAGAAGCGGAGUGCAUGUUCGGGGAGUGAAGGGGCCGUCCCCGUUGAUUAAUUUGGCGGGAUUCGAUAUUGUGUGGGGCUUCACCCCCGACUACAUGCACUGUGUUUUGCUUGGUGUGACACGCCAGUUUAUGUCUGGUGUUGGGGCUCCAUAUUACAUAGGAUCACCACAUUACAUUAGGAGAAUUGAUGAAAGGCUAUGUGCCAUAAAGCCACCUCAGUGCAUCACACGCCUGCCGAGAUCACUUCAGUUGAGAAAGUUUUGGAAGGCGAGUGAGUGGCAGCAGUGGCUUUUAUAUUUCAGCCUUGUGUGUCUUGAUGGAAUGUUGCCAGGCAAGUAUAUGAAGCACUUCAGCCUGCUUGUCAAAGCAAUGCACCUCCUACUUGCAGAUACUGUCUCAGCUGAAGACAUAAAUCAGAGCACAGAAUGCCUUGUGCAAUUUGUUGUUAAAGUUCAAUUUCUUUAUUCUAAGAAGGAAAUGACAUCCAAUGUGCAUUUGUUACUGCACCUUGCAAAAAGUGCUUCAAUGCAAGGGCCACUUUGGGCACACUCUUGUUUUGUGUUUGAAGCGGGAAUAGGGAAGAUUAAGAAGCUAAUUACUUCUGCAAAAGGGGUGCCUCAUCAAGUCAUGAGCAGAGUGUUAAUGGCUAACAAAGUUGGUGCACACAAGGCAGCUGCAAGUCGCCAAGUUCAAAAUUUUUUGUGCUGCGAUUUGCGCAGGGAAGAGACGCUAGCACUUUUGGGCAAACCAAAGCCUGCCAGUGCAUCUCUUUGUAGAUUGAUUGAGGCGCAAGUUCCCCAGCAGAUCACUGGCCCUGUUGAGGAACAUGACAGAGUUCGCAUCUCUGGGCGCGUGUUCGACAGCGAACAAUAUCAGAGGCCUGACAGAACUGACUGCACAGCUGUACGUUUGCCAGACAAUAUACAUGCAAAGAUAAAGCAUAUUGUCUCAGUGAGCUGCAGCGACAGAAAGAGAAUUUACUUUGUGUCAAAGAGCUAUGUUAGUUCUCUCUGUUUUGGCACAACACAUAUUUCAAGUGUUCAAAAGUGGGGAGCAGAGAAGGUCAUAGAGGUUGACAGUAGAGCAGCUGCAUGCCUUUGGAUUGAAUGUGAUGGAAGGCAGUAUUUUUGCAAUCUCGUCAAUCGUUUUCAGCAGUAAAUUUUGUGCUUAACUUUUGUUUAUAUUUUGCCUUUAUAUAAUAAUUUUAAAUGCGCCUUGCAGUACUUUUUCUUCAUAAAUGUG